UCCCGCCGCCCAGUUUGAAAUUUGGAGGUUAGAAAAUAAUCAAUAACGUAUGACAGCGUUCUCUAAGGUGUCCUAAAAUUAAUGUUUUCUUAGUAAAUACCCAAGUAAACAUCAGUUUCAACAAAAAUUGUAAUAGACUACCAUUUCAAGAUUAAUCGUGAGCAAUGGCAGCAAAUGUGGAUGAACUUGCAACCGUCUUUUCUUUAACUAAAGUAAGCGAAUCGGGUAUAAGCUUCGCAGGGAAAUCUUUAAAACUUAACACAGAAGAAGAUACCAAACAAGUUACAGAUGCAAUCGACAAAUGUAAAUCCUUACAAUACUUGAAUAUGGAAGGAAACACUUUGGGUGUGGAUGCAGCUAAAGCUAUUGGAAAAUCACUUGAAAAGCACCCCGAAUUUAAAAGAGCUUUAUGGAAAGACAUGUUCACUGGUAGAAUGAAAACAGAAAUUCCCAAAGCUCUAGAAUUCCUCGGUGAUGGUCUAGUCAAAGCUGGUAGCCGUUUAACAGAGUUAGACAUGAGUGACAAUGCAUUUGGUCCUAUUGGAGUUGAAGGUUUGGCUGCAUUACUACGUAGUGCUUCUUGUUUUGCCCUGGAAGAACUCAGAUUGAACAACAAUGGUUUAGGAAUAACCGGAGGUAAACUACUAGCAUCUGCAUUAACAGACUGUUAUAAUCAUAGUAAAAAGGAAGGAAAACCUCUCAAAUUAAGGGUUUUCAUAGCUGGUAGAAACAGAUUAGAAAAUGAAGGUGCUAUAGCUCUUGCUGAAGUUUUCAAGAUGAUUGGAACACUGGAAGAAAUAGCAAUGCCUCAAAAUGGAAUUUAUCACCCAGGUAUUACAGCUUUAUCAAAAGCAUUCAAUGAUAAUCAAAAUCUGAAAAUACUUAAUCUCAACGACAACACAAUUGGGCCUAAAGGAGCUGAAGCAUUAGCUCAAGCCCUACCAAAUCUACAAAAUUUGAAAGAGAUCAAUUUUGGGGACUGUCUACUCAAAACAAUCGGGGCAACAAUUUUAGCCCAAGCAUUAAAAGAUAAACACCUAAAUCUUGAACAAUUGAUGUUGGGUUUCAACGAGAUAGGAAAAACUGGAGGAAUUGCAGUAGCAAAAUCUUUAGGUAACAAACCAAAGUUGAAAAAUGUAAUACUAGAUGGAAAUCAAUUUGGAGAUGAAGGUUGUGAAAAAAUCAAAGAAGAAUUUAAGAAAAUUGGAAAAUCUGAAGUACUAGGAAGUUUAGAAGAAGAUGAAGGAGAUGAUAAUGAAGAAGAUGAAGAUGAAGAAACCGAAUCUGAAAGUGAAGCCACCAAUGUAACCUUCGACCAAUUCCUUCAAGACCCUAGUGAUGAAAAAUUUCUGAAUUUGGGCCACGAAAGGAAAAAUUUGAUAUUAAAAGAAGCAAAAAGAGGAAAUGAGAUAAUAUUAAAAGACUACAUCAAUGUUGUUAUGAAGGUGUCAUCCCUGUAUGGAAGCAAAAAGGAAAUGGUACGAAACUAUGCGUUGGAUGUUACUGAAAGCUUAUAUAAAGAACUUUUUACAUGGGCUGCAACAAAACAGAACUCUCCAUAUGUUUUCAAUGCCAUCUUCGUGAAUUUGGGCUUAAUCAAAUGUGAGGACAAAAGUUUCACGCCCACCUGGAACUGUAAAGCUUGCCAGAAUGCUUUGAAAGCACUUAAAAAUAACAAUUGUGUACCACAGACAGUAAAGGACAUAUUGGAUGUAUUUUUUGCACACACUCAAAAUGGGGUGUAAAUAAAUCUAAAAAUUCAUUAAUUAGUUCUUGUUGAUUUGGAAAUAUUUGUAACAAAUUUGUUAUUUAUUUUGUUGGUAUAUUUGGUAUAAAUCACAUUUGGCAUAACUUUCAAAAAAUGGACACCAAAGAAUUUGAAAGUAUUGUAACUUCAAACUUAAUACUGUAACGACAAUUAAUUUGGAUAUAAUGUAUGCAUGAAUGUAGAAAUUGAAGUAUUUCUUCAAUUAAAAAUAUAAAAUUUA